AUGUCGCAACAGUACCGCGAUAUCAGAGGCAUAUUGUAUGAAGGGUUAGUGUUAAAGCCUAUACGCCUCUGGGGGAUUUGGACUGAGAGGUGGAUGGUAUUGACACGAGACAAAUUGUAUUACUUUGACUCGUCGAGACAACGAGUUGGUGGAGUCAUUCUUCUCGAGUUUUCAUCUGUCCGACUUCGUGAUAUUCCGGAACAUCCGUUUGCGUUUGAGAUGUAUAGUCCGACGACUGAUAAAACGUUUCUAUUUGAGGCGCUCAGUUCGGACGAACGGAUUCGGUGGGUGGACGAGAUAUCUUCGGUGGUCACAAUUAGUGAGCCGACCGAGUACCAACACUUAACACAUGUCACAUUUGAAGAAGGUGGCUUUGUUGGGAUACCUGAGGAGUGGGAAAACAUGUUCAUCUCGUGUGGGGUCUCGCGAGAGGAAAUUAAAUCAAACAAAGAAGACGCGUUGAAAGUCCUUGAAUUUGCACAAGUGUUUCACGAAGACGAGUCUGAAGAGAAUAAAGAGGUUCCUAUGCCUGAUAAAGAAGUUCCUGUGGCUUUACAAGAACUUAUCACUGGAGGAGACCCCACAGUGUUGUAUACCAAUUACGUUGAGAUAGGAGAAGGGAUGAGUGGAGUAGUUUAUCAUUGUUAUGACUCGAUGAACAAGAAGGAAGUUGCGAUGAAAAAGAUACCGAUGAAAGAGAGUGUGAAUGUAGAAGAGAUCAAAAUCAUGGGGACGAUCCACCACAAAAAUAUAGUGGAGUACAUUGGGUGCUUUGAAAAAGACGAGUUUCUGUAUAUUGGAAUGGAAUACAUGGACAGAAAUAACUUGACGGGCAUGUUUGACUUCUUUCCAGAGAUCAAGUUGAGUGAGCGACAUAUAGCGUAUGUAGUGAGGGAGACGAAUAAUGGUAUUCGGUAUUUGCAUUCAAUGCAUCGGAUCCACAGAGAUAUCAAAUCUGACAAUGUGUUACUCAAUCAUCGCGGAGAAGUCAAAUUGGCGGACUUUGGGAUUUCAGUGCAACUCACAAGAAGUAAAGCAAAGAGAAAUACUGUUGUUGGAACACCUUAUUGGAUGGCUCCAGAAGUCAUUAAAGGAAAAGACUAUGGAACGAAUGUGGAUGUCUGGUCUCUUGGAAUUAUGUGUCGUGAAAUGAUCGAGGGAGUCCCCCCUUAUAUAGAUGACCCCCCACUCCGUGCACUUUUCAAAAUCUCAACGAAGGGAAUACCUCCAGUCACUUAUGGUGACUACACAGAACCGUUUUUGGGCUUUGUGGAGAAGUGCUUGACCUUCGACCCAAACACAAGACCAUCUGCUGAGGAAUUGUCAAAGGACGUGUUUUUGAAUGACCCCUGCACACGAGACGAAUUCGCUAAUUUCAUUGAAAUUGUUAGAAAACAGAGUGAGAGCCAGAGUUGA